AAUUUGGCAACAUGUAAUUUCAGGAACCUUAUCUUCUACCAAGGCUCUCAUACGUUGGAGUUCUGGUUCAUUUUUAAGCUUUUGUAGAACUGGGGCAAUAAAAGUCAGGCGUAGAUCCUCGUAGUAACUACAGUGCAGCAAUACAUACAGACUUGUUUCCACUUCCGAUGAGCCACAUGGGCAAACACGUGACUCGUAUGGUUUGCCCUCAUAUCUGCCUAGCAGCAGGGCAGAGGGCAGAACGUUAAAUCUGGCCAGGGUAAAGGAGUGUCUGUACUUAGGUAUUUGUAAAUCAGCCAGAUAAUUUGCGGGUGAGAACCCUCUCCCAAAGUCUCUAAUUGUGGCAUGUUUAUCCAUUUUGCCCAUAUGACAUUGCAGCUCUAUGUCCCUAAUGCGUUGGAGCACUUGACUUCUGGCUCUCUCAUAUCCUGCCGCUAGUGUGUACAGUAUGUUACAGAAGUGGCAGAGUUUGUGGUGACCUGUUGGGCAUAGUAUGUCCUACUUCUCUAACAAUAUAAUAAAUAAAUAAAUAUGGGAGCAGACUCCAUAUGUGUAAUUUGCAUUUGCUGAGUUACCAGCUGAGACCUAGACUUCAAAUUCCUUUGUUGUUUAUCUCAUAUACACAUAUGAAAGUAAUUAAGCAAUUAAGGACCUCUGAUCCUUGUGACCUCUGAUCCUUAUGCAAUGAAGCGCAUACAGGUUCGCUGGUAAACAGGUUUGCUUAAGAAAAUGACGACAAAUGCAAAGACUGUCUUUUUGCUUUUCUUAGGAAUGAGCUUUGUGCAAAACAGCAAUUCAGAUAAUGAACUGAAGCUUGACCAGGCCCUGCUCUCUGUCAACAAUUACCUUCCUGAACGAAUUGCUGCUUUCUAUGUCUCUGAAGCCUGCUACAAAUGUCUGCCUCAGCCUCUCCUCACGGUUUCACCGGCUUCCAUGGGAGCUCCUUCAAACACAAGCGUGGCGGUUAGUUCCCGCUUUGCUCUCACAGUCACAAUGUUUGCAGAAGCAGAUGCAGUUGCCCCUGUUUGCAGUUGGAGAGCUUUAUAUGGAGAACAAGGCUGGUUCUUGCUAACUGUCAAGCCCAUCAAGAAUACAACUGAAGUCUCUUGUACGUUAAGUGUGGAGAAAGACCCUGAGAAUGGUUACAUCCCUUUCUUGGUUGCUUUUGCCUGCCUGAUUGCCGUGGCCCUCCUGUAUUUUCUUGGACUUUAUGUCUCCAAACUUCACUGUACCCGGGUACACUGCCAUUGCCUUCAACACAAACCUACUUCCAUUGAACUUAAUUCUGCAGAGAGCCCAAGACCGGCAGAGGAGAAACCCAAACGCCGAAGACUCCUUUCCCUGGACACAUUUAGAGGAUUUUCUCUCACCAUCAUGGUUUUUCUGAACUGUGGAGGCGGGGGCUACUGGUUCUUUGAGCACGCUGCGUGGAAUGGACUGACAAUUGCAGAUCUGGUCAUGCCCUGGUUUGUUUUCAUCAUUGGCACAUCAGUAGCACUGGCUUUCCAUGCGAUGAUGAAAAGAGGAGUGAGCCGUAUCCAGCUCUUGCGUAAAUUGACCUGGAGGACUGUGAUCUUACUCUUGAUGGGACUCUGCUUCCUUAACUACGGACCAAGAGAUGGUCCAUUGUCAUGGAGCUGGGCAAGGAUUCCAGGUGUUCUGCAGCGUCUUGGAUUUACUUACUUCAUUUUGGCUUUGAUAGAGACCUUCUUUUGCUUAAAAGACCUUGACAGAUAUCAGUUUGGUUACUGGUGGGCUCCACUAAGGGAUAUUGUUCUCUACUGGCCAGAGUGGGUAAUCAUGGUGAUCCUGGAGACCCUUUGGCUGUGCCUCACAUUCCUGCUACCUGUCCCUGGAUGCCCCAGAGGUUACCUGGGCCCUGGGGGGAUAGGAGAUGAUGGAAAAUACCCCAACUGUACUGGCGGUGCAGCAGGGUACAUUGAUAAGUUGGUGCUUGGAGAGGACCACAUAUAUCGCUACCCUACAUGUAAGGAGCUGUACAAAACCACUCAACCUUUUGAUCCUGAAGGCAUUUUGGGUACAAUCAACUCCAUUCUGAUGGCUUUCUUUGGACUUCAGGCGGGGAAGAUUAUCCUAAUGUACCGUCAGCAACCACUGAGCAUUUUAAAGAGAUUUCUCAACUGGGCUGUUUUGCUGGGGAUUAUCUCUGCCAUCCUAACCAAAUGUACACAAAAUGAAGGAUUCAUCCCCAUCAAUAAAAAUCUCUGGUCUUUGUCCUUUGUCACCACCCUGAGCUGCUUCUCAUUUGUCCUGCUGGGAAUCAUGUUCUAUGUUAUCGAUGUGAAAAAUUGGUGGGGAGGUCAACCUUUCAUUUUUCCAGGGAUGAAUUCAAUUCUCAUCUACGUUGCAAGCUCCCUCCUGAGCACAUACUUCCCUUUCAAUUGGGAAAUGAAGUUUCCGAACUCCCACGCCGAACCCUUGUUUCAGAAUCUACUAGGCACUUCACUUUGGGUAUUAGUUGCAUAUCUCCUCUAUAGGAAGAAGUUCUUUUUAAAAAUAUGACAGUGUGGGAUUCAGGAACGUAAUUCCCUCCCUGCCCUCAGCUCUUGUAAUACGAUUAUGAUAACUGACAAUCUCAAAACCUGAAUCCUACACAGGAUAUGGUGGUGUUGCCACUCCAUGUCUCUUCUCCAUCUCUUCUUGCAACAUGUCACAUAAAAAUGUGUGAUGCAACAGCACCAUCCCCGCAUCACAAUAAUAUGAGGCUGGAGUGGGGAGACACCAGUCACAAUGCCAUUACAUCUCACUUUGUUUAAACAUUGCAAGGCAAAGAGGCAGAAUAUAGAGAGAGCAGCAGCUCUUUGUCUCGUAUAGCAUCUGGCUCACUCCCAAAUCAGUCCCAGGAAUCCAGUCUCAGCACCAAGCAGCAAGACAGGUAAGGAAGUAUUCUGCCAAAACAGUUUCUCAUGGACACCCAUUGGAAUUGACAAUGAAUCCAUUCCAAAGAUGGGGGAUAGGGAAAUUGUGGCCCUGCAGGUGUUACUAAAUUCCAACUCCCAUCAGUCCCAGCCAACAUGGCCAAAGGUUAAGGAUGAUAGGAGCUGCAGUUCAUCAACAUCCAGAGUCCACAUGUUCCCACACAAUGCAAAAUGUUGUAUUGGAGCUGGCCCCAAAUAUCAACAAUGGAAUGAACUUCUGUCAUGAACCAAAUACGUUGGUACUGAGGUUUAGCUGGUUUCACUGAUUCUUUGUGUACUUGUUCACUUUUAUCAAAUAUGUGUCUCAAAGGUACAAAAGAAAUAAACAAGCAGCUUAAACAGUUGAUUCAAGAUGUCGUUUCCCUCAUUCACUGAUGAACUUUAAAAGCCUAUAGUUGCACAUUUGCGUUUAGCAAAUCUCAAGUCAUGUGAAACUUGAGGACUUACUUCCCUAGGAAACAGGGUUAAUGUAAGGACAGCAUGUUGUCACCUCACUCUUCUUAAAAGUGAGGACUCUUCCUUUAUGUUGUUGUUGCAGUAUCAACCAGACCGCAGACGUCUGAUAUCUGCUACCUUUAGGGCGUGAUGCUUUUGAUAACUUUAUGUUAAUACAGCUUGGGGCUGUAGUAUCCCCCACAAGUGUUCUAGCGGUGUUACAUUUACUAGUCUAGGGUAUCUGGUACUCGAGGCAGAAAUCUUUAUUCUCCUUGCUACAAUCCUAUGUCAGCAGCCUACUCAUCUGACCAGAAAACAGAAGCUAAUAAACUUUUUAUUCAUUGGUUACCCAAAUCUAUCACUGCCUAAAACUGAUUCCCGUACCCAGG